AUGAUGGAGAACGACAGGUAUGGGAACAAGGGGGCGAGGGACCCAGUGAUGGUUGGGGUGAGGUGGCUUAAAAGUCGCUCGAAUAAGGAUCGAACCAUGCUCGGGGCAGCUGGAGCCGUACUGGCCUUGUUGCUGUUAUAUUUCAUAAUCGAGGAUCACGACGUGCUGUUCGUCCUGGCGGAGGGCGCACAGCUCAUUGGCAUCUUGAUUCUCAUGUUCAAGACGCUGCACAAGAAGUCGUGCGCGGGACUGUCGCUCCAGACGCAAAUUCUGACGGCGACGUUUCUGACGAUCCGUCUGUAUUGCUCCCUGAUGAUGGAGUUCGACGUGCACACGGUGCUGGACUUCCUGACGCUGGCUGCGACCGCGUUCGUCAUUGUCACGAUGAUGACCAAGCUCAAGCACACGUACAACGAGCAGCUCGACACCGUGAAGCCGUGGAUCGUUGGCGUGCCGUGCCUGGUCCUGGCGAUCAUCGCCCACCCGAACACGAAGCACAUGCUGUUCAACCGGAUCCUGUGGGCCACCUGCGUGUACCUCGAGGCCGUCUCAGUGUACCCGCAGCUCAAGAUGUUCCAGAACGCAAAGAUCGUCGAGCGCUUCACGGGACACUACCUGUUCCUGCUGGGCAUCUCGCGCUUCUUCUCGUGUGCGCAUUGGAUCCUCCAGUUGUUCGACAAGAACUCCUUCCUCCUCCGGGUCCUGGGCACCGGACUGUGGCCGCCGAUGGUGCUCCUUGCCGAGGCGGUGCAGACAUUCAUCCUGGCGGACUUCUGCUACUUGUAUGUCAAGUCCUACUCGCAGGGCAUCCCUGUCAUCCGGAUCCCAGCAGGCAUCGUGUAG